GUUGAAUCCUUACCACUCUGGCCUUUUGGCUUAGAUCAAGUGUAGUAUCUGUUCUUAAUAGUUUAACCACUAUUAUGAGGGCACCGCCCUCAUUCUUUGGUUAUCAAAUUUUUGCCGCCCUUGUUCUCACGAGCUCUGCUUGCAACUCGAGGGACAUGAUGACCUUGCCACUGCACUACCAGCUUGUGUCGUCGGGGGUUCCUUUUUAAAGGAGUUCUUUGUCUCUUUGCUCAGCCGGUUACUAUGUGGUCCUUUGACUACCUAUGGCCCUUAGCAAACAGAUCAUAGACUCUUGGUAGAUUUAUAGUUGAACUUAACAUUUGUUGCAAUAAAUGCAGUCGGCUCUUGAAAUUAACGCAUCAUUGUGCUGCGGGAUAGUGGUGCCACUUGGCGCUAGCGGCGAGUGUGAUGAACCGACCGGGAGGGUUUCGCAGCUCUUACCACCAUCGUUCCUAUAGCUAUGGGUACAGAGCUAUCGCUGUGGCUCAAGUUCCUCAAUCAAACGUCCAUAAUCGUAUGCACCUUGACUACUGCAGCCAUUCUCCAUACCCGCUCAGCGGGUGUCAUAUAUUUCGUGACCGGCGCAGUCUUAUGUUCAGCGCUUGCCAAGUCCAUAAAGAAGGCAAUACGGCAGGAACGCCCAUUGAAGGACUCUGGACGCAAAGUGACCUAUGGGAUGCCUAGCUCACAUGCAUCCGCCUGCACCUUCUUCGCUGCAUAUAUUACGAUGGCUUGCCUCCAGCUACCCGUUCACCCUACAUUUCCCAGUUCCAUUAUGUUCGUUCCAGUGGUCAUCUUACCAUGGACAUUCAUGAUAGUCCUGUCACGGGUUCAGCUGGGCCAUCAUACAUGGCCGCAGGUUGCAGCAGGAACAGCCCUCGGAGUCUGCUGUGCUAGCUUCUGGUUCAAAUUAUGGGUGGAUGAUGCGGCUGGCGUCAAGACUACUGCUUGGGAAGUCGAAGCGAUGGUGAGAUCAUGGCUUGGACAAUGAUCUCAGGAGCACAUAUAUAUCCGUUUCCUACGCUUGGAGAUGAUUCAUUUCAUGACUGGUGGAUCAGGCAAGCAAGUGACUUGUCCUUUGCGUUUCAAUCUUGCACUAAUUUUGUUUCGGAAAGGUUUUUUAGAUGUACAGUGAACCUCUUCACAAUUGUUGUUUCAUCGUUUCCUCGUUCUUGUCGUCAAACAGAGUUGUACAAGUCAGCAUUGUCUCCUGCAACAGUUUCCGGAAUGCCACCUGAAGUCCUAGAUAUGAAUCACCCUCUAGAUGUACGCCUACAAGCGGAAUAUUGCUAUGUAGUGCCCUUAUUGCUAUAGGUAGGAAUAAAUUAGACUACCUGCUGUCUUCAAUCGAGCAUAGUCGUCGAUCCCUCACAUUGAACAUGGAUAAAUAUGCAUAACGUCUUCAUGACUAUCUCUACAA